GUUAGGCAAGAGAUUUAUUAAAAUGAUAGACGGAAGGAAACAGAAAAUGAAGGCUUUUUUUUUUAUUUUCUACUCUCAUCGAUGGAUGAACACGUAGCAGACGAUAACAACAUUCAAUGUUUUGGCAGUCGUUACGGAUUAUUGAUAAUCAUGGCUGAAAGCAGUGGAACACAUGUUUGCUCUUUUUCAGGCUGUAAUAAGAAGUUUAAGAAACAAAGUAGAUUACAGAGUCAUUUUCUGUCACAUACAGGAGAGCGUCCACAUGUAUGUAAAUAUGAGGGUUGCAACAAAAGCUACAAACGAGUUGACCACUUGAGUCGUCAUCAGCAACUUUCCCAUGUAUCGGAUGAUGAACAAGAUCUAAGUUGGGAAUGUGAGGAGAGUGAUUGUGAAGCAUCCUUCAGUUCUGUGUAUGCCCUGAAGAAACAUGUCAGUCAGCAUCAUGAGAAAGAUACAUAUAAGUGUCAUUUGGUGGGCUGUGGGGCAGUGUUUAACAAGCAUCAUCAGUUGAAGACACAUAAACUGGAAGAACAUGCACAAGGCAGAGCUUUAUGUUGUACAACACCUGGAUGUGGCAAAUCAUUCCCAACACAAAACAAGCUGAAGAGACAUAUGAAAAUACAUGAAGGUUACUCGUGUAUGGAGACAGAUUGUGGCAAGAAGUUUGAUAAGUGGUCGUUGUUGGUCAAACAUAAAAAAGUUGAGCAUGCAACAGUACAUGAGUGUUCAGAAUGCAAGAAGACCUUCAGUCAGAAACAGUGGUUAAAGCAGCAUAUGUUAACACAUGCAGACAAACGUAUAUUAUUCACCUGUUACCAUGACAACUGUGGACGUGCAUACCUUGAUCAGCGUAAUCUCAAUGCUCAUAUACGUAGUUACCAUGAUGGCAAGAGAUUCCAUUGUGAGCAUGAAGGAUGCAGCCAGACAUUCACAACCAAACAAAAGCUACAGAAUCACCAGAAACUGCAUGAUCCAAACAGACCACUACCUAAGAAAGCUAAAAAGAAGAAAUCAAAAGCAGAGAAGCUUCUGGGUGUAAGCAUGGAAACAGAAUCAAGGGGUCAAGAUCAUGUGACAUUUUACUCACCCAACAGAGAAGAUAGUAUUGACUUGCCUGACCUUUCUCAUUUACAUACAGACAAAAGUAAAAAGGCGAAUUUACACAGUACAGCAGAUGGUGUAAGGGAAGAGUAUGUACAGCACGAGGAAAUGAUGGACUCCAUUCUUCAGUCAGCAAUACAUAAAGUGAAAAGUGGCCAACUGAAUACUGAUAAAAGUGCAAUUAGUGAACCAGGUAUGAGCAAAAGUGGUGAACUUAAAGUGAAUAGAAUUGGUGAACUGGAUAAAGACAAAAGUAUUGAAGAUACAGGCAAAAGUGACGGUUAUAGUGCACAGAAAAGUUGUGAACUAGAUCUAAAUGAUGAAAUGAAUGUUUCAAGUACAGAUCAUUGCCACGUUGAGCUGGCGAUGGACAGUGUGUGUUCAGGGACUUUAUUAGAGUGUUGUCCUGAUGAUACAGAAUCUAGUUCAAAGAGUGAAUUGAACAGUAAUACCAUAGUUUCUACUUCAUGUAAUUGAUCAGUAAUACUACAGUUCCUACAAUAUGUAAUUGACCAAUAAUACUAGAGUUUCUGCUUCAUGUAAUUGAUCAGUAAUUCUGCAAUUCCUAUGACAUAUUUUUGAUUGAUAAUACUACAGUAUCUACUGCAUGUAAUUGACCAAUAAUUCCGAAGUUUUGACCGAUAAUAUCAUAGUUUCUACAACAUGUAAUUGAUCAAUAAUACCACAGUUUCUGCUACAUGUAAUUGACCGAUAAUACUUGUUUCUGCUACAUGUUUCUUCUACUUGGUCAUUGACCAAUAAUUUCUCAGUAUCUACUGCAUAUACUUGAUCAAUAUGAGCGGAAUUCAGAAAUUUUUGAGACUGUCCUUAUGAAAUAAUGAAAAACCAGUAUCUAAGCAUACCGAAAGCUGCAGAGUAGUCAGUAAUGAAGCUCAGCCAGCAUUUUCCCUGCAAAGGAAAGAGAAAAAAAUCAAAGGGACUUAGGUAGGGUGAAUAUGGAGGGUGCAGCAAUUAUUGCUUGACCUGCUGGUCCUUAAAUACUUCAGUACAAUAUUGCUCUUGUGUGUAGAUGCGUUGUUACGAAUAAGGGAGAUGUCCCAUAAGGCAUAAACAAAUUUGGUGGACAAACUGGUAAUGUUUCUGAUUUUAGAACUGAACCUUGUCCAUGUAAAACUUUUCAGUAAUAUAUCUUCCAGGUGCACUGGGUAUUUGCACAACAAGGCCUUUUGAAUUGAAGAACCCUUUUUAUAUGCCCCCAGAAGGUGGGCAUAUUGAAAUCGCACUGUCCGUCCGUCCGUGUAAAUUCUUGUCUGGGCUGUAACUCUGCCAUCCAUAAAGGGAUUUUGAAAUAACUUGGCAUAAAUGUUUACAAUAAUAAGACGACUUGUCAUGGCUCCAAGGUCAAGGUCACACUUAGAGGUCAAAGGUUAACAGGGUCUCUUGUGUCCGGUCCAUAACUCUGCCAUCCAUGAAGGGAUUUUGAAAUAAUUUGGCGUAAAUGUUUGCCAUAAUGAGACGAUGUGUCUUGCGCAACUCCUAGCUCCAAUGUCAAGGUCACAAUUAGAAGUCAAAGGUUAACAGGGUCUGUUUAGUGUCUGGUUCAUAACUCUGCCAUUCAUCAAGGGAUUUUGAAAUAACUUGGCAUAAGUGUUCCCCAUAAUGAGAUGAUAUGUCAUGUGCAAGAUUCAGACCCCUAGUUCUAAGGUCACACAUAGAGGUUCAAUGUUAACAUGGUCUGUUUCUUGUCCAGUCCAAAACUCUGCCUUUGAUGAAGGGAUUUUUAAAAUUACUUGGUAUAAUGUUCCUGAUAAUGAGAUGACAUGUCAUGCCCAAGACCCAGAGCCCUAUCUCCAAUGUCAAGGUCACACAUAGAAGUCAAAGGUUAACAGGGUCUGUUUCUUGUCUGGUCUAUAACUCUGCCAUUUAUCAAGGGAUUUGAAAAUACUUUGACACAAAUAUUAAGGUGUGUCGCGCUUAUGACCCUGAUCUUUCAGGUCAAGGUCAAGGUCACAAAAGGAUUCAUAUCUAAAUUAUUCUGGCAUUUUUGCACAGACAACUGUAGCAUUCUUAGGCACGCUUCAGGGGCAUUUCCCACUAUUGGUGACAGCUCUUAUUUGAUCACUGGUUAUUCUUGCCAUUUCUGUUUCACUGUUUGUUGUUUUUCCGCAUUUAAGGUUCGAAAUGAUAUACCACGUCUCAUUCUCGGUUAGAAGUCAUUAUAGAUUUUAAGAAGUUUUUUUGUAACAUUACACCUUUAUGCUUUUUGCUCUUUGCUGGAAAGAUUGGUUACCCACCUUGCACAAGCCACCACUAAUUUCAGGUGCUAAGUCAGAAUUCCAUGAACACUUCCCAAUGAAAUUCCCAUUGAUGCAGCUAUAGUGAAAACUGUAUAUCUUGAGUCUUCUGCUACAAUGGUUGCUACAGGAGCAAUGUUAUGAAAGAAUGCUGACGUUUUAGAGCACCUACAUAAAAGCACUCAAAAUUUUCUGAAGUCCUUUGUUAAUACCAGAGUUUCUACUUCAUGUUGUUGAUCAAUAAUACCACAACUACUACUACAUGUAACUCAAAUAUACAUUUACCACUGAAUUCUUUGUUAGUGCUGAGGCUGGAUAACUAAUUGUAUUGCCAGUUAGUGCCUUAAUGUGUACUAAAACAGGCUUGUUUCAUUUUUGGUAGGCAUGUUCCUACAGGAAAGCAGUUCAUUUGAAAACUUAAAAGAUGGUGAUAAUAAGUUAAUAAUUAGUGAACAUCUUUAGGUUAUCAGUUGGCAUUUAUUUUUGGUUUUCAAGAUGUAAACUGUCUUAUUACUCAUUUUGAAAUGUACACAUGGAAGCAAUAAAGGACAUUAACCGA